UUUCUGGUCCUGACGCGAAGCCGACUAUGCUCUGCCACAGCUACACUUGCGUUCUCCUGUUGGUUUUGUGCUCCGGCGGAUGUUUCCCACAUGUGUCUGCCUGCGAACGAGAGCCCGAGACCCCAGACUGGAGGAUGACUCUGAGAACUAUUCGUAACGGAAUACACAAGAUCGACACAUACCUGAACGCGGCGCUGGACUUGUUUGGUGGCGAUGACGGGCUGUGUCAUUACAGGUGUAGCGACGGUUACAAGCCCGCCCCUCGUCCCGGCUACCGGCACCCACCGCCAAACGGAUGCGGCUCCCCGCUGUUCGGAUUCCAGUUUGACAUAGGCAUCCCGACCAUGACCAAAUGCUGUAACCAACACGAUCGCUGCUAUGACACCUGUGGCCAAGCGAAGCACGACUGCGAUGACCAGUUCCAGGACUGUCUCGAGACCAUCUGCCGGAACGUGCAAAGAACCCUGGGACUGGCCCAGAGUGUCCAAGCCUGCGAGUCGGCGGUGACCCUGCUGUUUGACGCCGUUAUGCACCUGGGAUGCAAGCCGUACCUGGACAGCCAGAGAGAGUCCUGCGUGUGUCAGUACGAAGUGAAGAGGGAACUGUGACACUGCCGCAGAAACGAGACUGAAAAAUGAACUGAUUCAAAAGCACAGCUCUGACCGAAGGACUCCAGCAAUAAACGUUUCUUUCAGACUCGUAGAUUUUCUCAGGAAUAGAGUGUCGAUAGUGUCGCUCACCUCCCUUUAUUUAAGUCUUGAAAUGCACGCUUCUGUUAGACAAAAGAGUGUGAAAUUACAUUGUUUUUUAGAGUGGACAAGUAACAUCUCUCCUGUGCGGUUAAUUAUUUAUAUUUUGUCAAUACUGUGUAAUGUGUUUGUUGUUUGUUUUUGAUGGACUAGAAACAGGGUGUUUAGGGUUUCCCUGGGUUUUGGAUGCUUGGGUAGGACCCAAUCUGUAAUGCUAAGCCAGCGUAACCUGGAGUAUUUUAAUCAGUAUACAGCAGGUCAGCCGAACGUGCAACAACGUGCAUUUUGUUCCAGGAAACUUUCAAGAAAUUAUAUAUUAUAGGAAAAAAUGGACCAUAAAAUUGCCGGGCCCCUUCUCCCAUGGCCCGAAUAGGAACAUUUGAUAAAUAAGCAAGAAAAGAAUGGUGUUUCUUCACCAUAUAAAGCAAUAUUGUUUUUCCCUGUGUAGAAUUUGUAAAGUGUCACAUAGAGAGGACUACAAUGCUGAGCUCAACUGAUGCAAAUGUGGCAAAACUGUGGAGAAAAACUUAAGCAAAACGUCAUAAGAAAAUAAAGAAACAUGCCUUUGUUGAUAAUAUUGUGUCAAUUGUCAACAUAGACGUUUCUUGUAAGCAGCAUCCUUUAACACAAGCUCUCAGAGUGGGAUUCAGGCUCACCCAAAUAUAACUUGAUAUAUCUGAAACAUGCUUUUUCUAUCACCCAUGUGAAGUUAAUAGUGUGGCGGAAAGCCGCUGAAAUCAGGGUGUCUGCAGGCCUUGGAAAGUCUUAAAAGCAGUAAGGGAUUCCUAAAAGAAACAGGCCUUAUUAGGUAUUAAAAAGUCUUACAAAGGCCUUAAAUGUUUUUUCUAGCCUGUUGGAGGCAACACCAUUAAAAUCAUCUACAAAAACUUUUUAUAUCAAAGAUAGCUGGAAAAUCCCAAGAACUAUUGUUCCAGACCCCUGACCGAAAAUUAAUGAGUUAGUUUUUAAUUGGUUCAUCCAUCCAUCCAUCCAUUUCCUGCUGCUUGUCGAGGUCUAGGUCUUGUUUAAUGAUCCACUAUAUUAGAGCUGAAACCAUUAGUCGUUUAAUUGAUUAGUUGAUCGACUAAAAUAUAAUUGGCAGCUAUUUUAAAAAUUGAU